CUUCUUGUUCCCUUUCCCCGACCCCUCCCCAAACGGCACGGCCCCAGGUGACGGAGGCCUCUCCUCUCCCCGCCCCGCCCGCGCGCGUCCCCUUAGCUCUGCCCCCAGGAGUCCCGCCGGCGGGGCUUUUCACAGGCGUCGCUUGCGCCAAAGCCAGCACCUCCCGAAGAGCCCUGCGCGUAAUUCGCUUCUCCGGGCGGCAACCUCCGACAAGUCCAGAGCCAGCUGGGUUGAGGAGUCCUGGCUUUGGCUGCGGAAGCCGGGCGGCCAGGCUCUCGGCGGUGGUCCCGCUGCCGCUGAAGAUGGAGCAGCUGCCCCACGAGAGCCACCAGCAGCAGGAGCGCGCUAGUUCGCACACGGUGACCACGACCAGCAGCUCCUUCGCGGCCACCUUCUCGUCCAGUUCGAGCACGCUCGCCUACGACAAGGAAUUUCUGAAGACGAUUCCCGGAGUCCUCAUGGUGGCUGAGAUCGUAUUAGGAUUGCUGGUAUGGACAUUGAUUGCUGGAACAGAAUAUUUCCUGUACCCUGUCUUUGGCUGGAUAAUGUUUGUGGCUGUGUUUUACUGGAUUCUUACACUCUUCUUUUUAAUCAUCUACAUAACGAUGACAUAUACUAGGAUUCCUCAAGUGCCAUGGACCACAGUUGGUCUGUGUUUUAAUGGGAGUGCCCUUCUCUUGUACUUAAUUGCUGCUAUUUCAGAAGCAUGUGCAGUCACCCAAGAACUUGACAGCCACAGUUACAAUAGUUGGGCAGCAUCUUCGUUCUUUGCCUUCGUUGUCACUUCCUGCUAUGGUGGAAAUGCCUAUUUUAGUUUUGUAUCUUGGAGAUCACGAACCUUGCAAUAAGUAUUACCUUUUAAUAAAAUAGCAGUUCUGUAUGUAAGUGUUACAUAAUUUUGAUUAAAAUGCGUAGGUAGUGUGGGUUUUACUCAGAAGUAAAAACAAAUGGUUCCAUUUGCAAAUGAUGGGAAGGAUAGUUCAUCUGACAGGAAUGGUUCUGAACACUGUUCUCUCAAUAACUUCUUCAUUUGGAAUUAUCAUUGUUUAUUGUGACAAAGCUCAGUUACAACAGACAAGAAGCAGAAGGAAGAACUGAUGGCAUAGGGAGGAUGAGAAGAAAGCACAGAAGCCAUUCAAUGCUGUUUCCACUGAGGGCACUUCCAUACAAUGUUGUGCCACUUUGAAAGCUGCUGUAGAUCUCAGGGUUCCUGUCAACAGUGUUAGAGAGCCGUGCUGUCAGCACUCAGCCUUGAUGUGUAGUGGCAAUGGGUCUUGGUUUUGUUUCCUUGUGUUUGAAUACUAUGAUUCUUUCUCCAUUGGAGGGAAUCACUGCCUCCCUCUUCCUGACCUUCAGGCUUUGCAAGAGAAGUGCCAUCUUGAUGGAACUGAAAGAGAAUUUGUCAAUUUCCCCUGUCCAGGUGGGACAAGGCAUGAGAAGUCCAAGACCACUGGAGCUUUACUUUCUUCUUUUGUGUUAAAUGGGAGGUGAUUUUUGUUCCUACAGCAAUGGCAGUAGCUUGGGUGAGGCAGUGAUUUUUCACUCGAGUUUCUCAGCAUUUUGGCUUGAGAGAAAUGUUCGCAGAUCACCUUCAAACUGGUUCUGAAGGUUUGGGGAAUGAAAUUAACAGCAUGAAAGUGCCCUGAACCACAAUGAGCAAACCAUAUUUUAGCCUAGCAUGUUAUGCAAACUUAGGCCAUGUAACCUCCCAUCCCCCCACCCUCGUAGGUUGGGAUAACCAUGGCUAAGUCAUCUAUGGAUAAGCAUGCUUAUGUGAACUCAGCACUGGUGUAUUCUCAUGACAAGACCAUGGUAUGAUUGUAUCAUCUAUAGAUUGGAUAGUGUGUACAUAUUAGUAAACAUGGAAGCCUUGCAUUGCAAAUCUACAGACCUUAUGCUGAAGUAAGCCCGACUGAAUUCCAUGGUAUUGAAUAGAGAAUUCAUUUAAUCCUUUCUGGUGUGUAUGUAUAGGACUGAAGUCUUACUUAAAUUUGAUGGACGGUAACAGCUGUGCCUAUGUGACAUGGAUUACCCAGUGAUAUCCUCCAUAAGUUCACUCCUCUGUGUGCCAACCACACAUGCCCAGAAUGUCUACAGCUAACAGCCCUGUCUUUAGGCUUGGAGCAGUUCCCUUCUCCCUUCCAGCCUUACCUUCAAGUAAGUAGUUCAUCUAAUCUCAAAGGAAUCAGAUUUGUCCAAAAAGACACCAACCAAGCCUCUUAGGCCACCUUCUCCCUGCCCUUAGUCAUGACCCAUUUAAAAUGUUUCCACUCAGGCACUGUACUAACAGGGCCACUGUGUGAUUAAAACUGGGAUUGAUUUAAAAUCUGUGGAAACUUUUGUAACAGGAAAAUAAUUGUAUCCUCCCUCAGAUAAAAUACUGCAAAUAGAA